AUGGCGUCCCCAUUAGAGGAGGAUCUCUGCUGUCCUGUCUGUCAGGACAUAUUUAAUGAUCCUGUUGUCCUGUCAUGCAGCCACAGCUUCUGUAAAGGCUGUCUGCAGAACUGGUGGAGAGGGAAAACAAUACAGAAGUGUCCAAUUUGUGAGAAAACACCUUUUCCCGAUCCACCUUAUAACUUGGCAUUAAAGAACCUGUGUGAGACCUUCUUACUGCAGAGAGAUCAGGGCGCUUUAGCAGAGUUGGAAACUGUCUGCAGUCUGCACUCUGAGAAACUCAAACUCUUCUGCCUGGACCAUCAGCAGCCAGUGUGUAUCAUCUGCAAAGAUUCAAAAACACACAACAACCACAGUUUCAGACCCAUCGAUGAAGCUGCACAGGAUCACAAAGAGGAACUGCAGAAAUCCCUGAAGACCUUACAGGAGAAGCUGAAGCUGUUUGAACAAGUUAAAGGAAACUGUGAUCAAACAGCAGAGCACAUUAAGGUCCAGGCCCGACACACAGAGAGGCUGAUUAAGGAGCAGUUUAAGAAGCUUCACCAGUUUCUACAAGGGGAAGAGGAGGUCAGGAUCUUUGCUCUGAAGGAUGAAGAGUGGCGGAAGAGUCGGAUGAUAAGGGAGAAGAUUGAGGCUCUGAGCAGAGAGAUAGCAGCUCUUUCAGACACAAUCAGAGCCACAGAGGAGGAGCUGAGAGCUGAAGACGUCUCAUUCCUGCAGAACUACAAGGCUGCAGUGGACAGAGUCCAGCAGCGCCCCCUGCUGGAUGAUCCACAGCUGGUCUCAGGAGCUCUGAUAGACGAGGCCAAACAUCUGGGCAACCUGACCUUCAACAUCUGGAAGAAGAUGAAGAAGAUGGUCUCCUACACUCCUGUGAUUCUGGAUCCAAACACUGCUCAUCCAGAACUCAUCCUGACUGAAGAUCUGACCAGUGUGAGAUGUGGAGAGAAACAGAAGCUUCCUGAUAAUCCAGAGAGGUUUGAUUCCUUCAUCUCUGUCCUGGGCUCCGAGGGCUUUAACUCAGGGACUCACAGCUGGGACAUUGAGGUUGGCUACAGUCCGGUCUGGGCAGUGGGAGUAUCAGCGGAGUCUGUCCUGAGUAACAAAGACAAACAGUCUGGAUUAUUCAGAGUUGUGUUCUGUGAUGGUGAGUACACAGCAGACCCAGAUCCAGAUUCCUCCGCUGCUCUUUCAGUGAAGAAGCAGCCACAGUGGAUCAGAGUUCAUCUGGACUGGAAGAGAGGAAAACUGUCAUUCUCUGAUCCUGUUACUGAUACAGACAUACACACUUUCACACACACUUUCACUGAGAAGCUGUUUCCAUACUUUAACAUUGUAAAUGCACACCCACUGAGGAUAUCACACAUUCCUGUCUCUGUAGUCAUACAGUGA